UAUAUAUAUAUAGGGGAAAAGUUUGUGAGAAUGACAGGACCGAAAAGAGGGUGGGGUGGUGGAUGGACCGAUAGAAAUAAGUCUGCGCUAGCUAGCUAGCUUCCGGCCCUGAAUCAUCUAUAGCCUAGACUACAAGCGAUGAAGAGAGAAGACAGUAAUAAUACUGCCGACAAGCUUAUAAGUUGCAGCAGCAGCAAUCAGGAACCGCCAGCAAAGACGAACAACAACAACAACAACAACAACAAAGAGGUUCCCAACGCCAACGAUAUCAUCAUGCUGUCCACCUCCUGUAACACUACUACUAGUACGUACCAAGACCGUCUCAAACAAGCAAGCUCCGAAAAGGAGAAGCAGCUCCGCAGAAGCGACGUUGACGAUGGUAACGAGGUGGAGAGAACCAAACUGAGCCUGUUGAGAUACCUGGCCGAACGCCAGGAUCCCUCUUCCAAGGACGUGGACGAUGCGACGCUGAGAAGGUUUCUCCGAGCGAGGGAUUUGGAUGUGGAGAAAGCAGCGGCCAUGUUUGUCAAGUACCUCAAGUGGAGGGCUGCGUUUGUGCCCAAAGGCUACAUCUCCGCCUCCGAGAUCGCCAACGAGAUGGAGCAGAACAAGAUGUUCCUCCAAGGGACUGACCGCCAAGGCCGCCCCGUCGCCCUCGUUUUCGGAGCUCGCCAUUUCCAGAACAAGAUCGGCGGCCUCGACGAGUUCAAGCGUACGCCCCCUACGCUGUUAUCUAGUUUAUGCUUUCGACAAACUCUUCGCCAGGAUGGGUGGAGGACAGGAGAAAUUUGUGGUGAUCGGAGACCUUGAAGGUUGGGGGUAUGCAAACUCUGACAUUCGUGGAUAUCUCGCCGCUUUGAACAUUCUGCAGGAUUACUAUCCGGAAAGGCUGGGGAAGUUGUUCAUAGUACACGUCCCGUACGUUUUCAUGGCAGUUUGGAAAGUUGUCUGUCCUUUCAUCGACACCAACACCCGCAAGAAGAUUGUAUUUGUGGAGAACAAGAAUCUGAAAUCCACACUUCUUGAGGACAUCGACGAGAGCCAGAUCCCAGAUAUCUACGGCGGCAAAAUGCCUCUAGUUCCCAUCCAUGAGACCUGAAAUUACAACAACAUUCAUUCUCAGGUCUUUGACCUUGCGCGUCGAUUCCUCUUCACUGCGGGAGCUUUCGUUCACUUUUUAUCUCAAGUCGUACCUACGUACCCACCUACCUUCCUCCAAGCUGUAUUGUACGAUCGUCUAAAUAUGUAUCCCAGUUCUGUUCAUAAAGUUGAAGUACCCAACAAAGCAAACAUUGUAGCUGGUAACUGCGGAGUCGGUUGAAUCAAGCCACCCUGCAGAUCUUGAACAAUGUUGAUAUUGUUAUCUAUCCCCCUUCAAGGCUUCUUCUGGU